AUGCGCUGGGGAACCCAGCAGCUUGGUGCAACCAAAAACCGACAGCGUGUCACGAAAUCGUCAGAACCCAUCAGCGAUCCAGCAAUCAAGAUCUCGGACAAUCGAUCGCUGCCGAGACAAGCAUCUCUUCAGGUCUGUUUGCAGUUGGCGAAUGAAGGCAUCCGAGCUGGGGACAUGAGUCGUAAAACAAGUAGGCCCGUGAGGCGUCGAUGGCGUGUAAGUGCAGGUAGUUGA